UUAUUCUUGCAGAUUUGCGGCUUUUACGCACUCCAGAAGCCUGGAACGCCCACAGCGCGCACAGUGACGUUGCGCUGCACAACAACAAGCCUCUCCUUCAGCUUGAUUUCCACACCAGCCUGCCCACAAUUUCUCUUGGUAGGAAUUGCAUUUUAACUGUUGCGCUCUGCAAGAACAGAAUCCACAACGGCAUCGGUCAUGAGCUCCCAAAGGGACUGAGACAGACAGAGAUGUUGAUGCUUGAGACGUUCCAUCGCCUCCUUCUGGCUGCCGCCUGCCUCUGUGUCUGGGGAACUCCAGUCCCAAGUUUCACCCCCACACAGGACAGCAAGUGUGAUGGGCCAUGUGUCAGCACCGUGACACCUACAGGGUCGAGACCUGACGCGGUGGUGAAGUCCAAACCUUCAGAUGAGUCUGUGUUCGGGUCGUCCAGACUUACGACUGGUUGACGUGGAAUAUAGGUGCAGAGGGAGGAGCUGACCCAAAUGGAUGGAAAACAAGACCUAAGGGGAUACAUCUGGUGACGCAGGUGGAAAUUGGGGACAGCCGUGAUGCAAGAUCUGGGACGAGCGAGGCCGACGGUGAGGUGUGGAACAGAAGGAGCGAGGAAAAGGGCAAGGCUGCUGUUGGGGGGAGAUCUGAGAUGGCAGAUGCUCAAAGACAGCCAGAGGAAGCUUCAGUUCUGUCUGCUGAUUCGUUCACAGAUGAGCCAAUACCAACAUUGAGAGGUGAUCAGGACAUGACCCAAAGACUGACCCCACGUGCAUUUCCUUGCUCCUCCACAGCUCCAUCACAGCAGAAGACUUCCUCAGAGGUACAAGAACCUCCAAAGGAGACACAAAUGGGCAACCAAGAGGAUGAUGGCCAAACAAUAUCGCCUGAUGGUGAGGGUUCUGACCCCAAAACCGACAGGACACCACCCCUCACGGAACCUUCAGCGCACAUACAAAGGCUGACCUCCCUUGGCAUCGCGCCUCCCUCGUCUUUCUCCACAGCUUUGUCCAUGUGGGGCCACAAGGGCGUGACCACAACCAUGUUGCCGGACUCCCUGCUGCCUGAUAUUGGACCAAACCUGAUGCCGAGAGAAGACGGACCAGAAAACCUGUGGACUGAGGCAGCAAGAGCCAGCAACGCAGACACUGUGAUGCCGCUGUCCCAGGAUGAGGCCACAGAGGGCACCAUGUCAUCAGAGGCUCUUCCUCUCAUCUUCGAGCCUUUUGACGAUAUCACACAGGAGGGGGUGGCUGCUCCGGCGGUCGCCCGGGCACCCGGCAGCGCUCAGCCUCCUGCUGCCAUGGCAACCAGAGGAAUGCCUCUGUCAGAGGUGGACCUUGACCAGCUGGUCACCGUGGAGACAGACAGUGAUGGACCCUCACAUGCUCCGCCCAUGCUGAUACCAGACUGGACGUCGACUUGGCAGACAUCAGGUGCUGAGCUCCUCGAGCCAAUCAGCCCGUCAGGUCUGUCUGCUUCUCAGCGUCGGGCUGGGACCAACCCAGAAGGUGUGGUGAGGACACCAAAUGUUGAAGCAGGCCUGUCCACCAGUGGUACCCUGUCAUCCAGCCAACAAGCAAUGACAACAGACCAGACAUACCACCAUUCUGCACACAAAUCCAGAUCAGGGUUUGUGGAGGUGGAAUCUGAUGAGGAGCCAGACGAGGACGAGGAGGACGAGAACUCAGAGGAGUCACUGGAAGAAGAGAGCGAAGAAGAUCUGACAGAAACACCCAAACCAUCCUCAACGCAGCCUCCGUACAGCCUCAUCCCUCCACCGCCCGUGUGGGUUCAGAGAAACCCGGGCCUGAUGAGGAGCUGGGUGGAGCUGAUCAAAGAGAAGGCGGGCUACGUUUCGGGAAUGUUGGCCCCAGUUGGCAUUGGCAUCACGGGGGCGCUGCUCAUCGUAGGCGCCCUCUACAGCAUCAGGAUGAUCCAUCGCAAACGGAGGAACAGCUUCAAACACCAGAGGAGGAAGGUCAGGCAGCCAGAGCAACCUCGAGAACCCGGCGUAAAUUGUCAGGAUCAGGCCAUGCUGCUGGCCGACAGCUCCGAGGAUGAGUUCUGAUGAGCCCACCAUCGCCAUGACUACCGCGUCUGCAACCUCUCUGGGCUGUUUGGCGAUGACUCAUGAUGCACCAAUUGGAGCCGACUAUAGAGCACAAUUUGCACAGGCUGCACCGAAGUCAGCUGUGAACUAAUUCCUGCUCUAAAGGUACCGAUUUGAGCACUUUCCUGAACGCUGACACAGCUGGAAUAACGCACUUUGACAUGCAUUAAAAAAACAACAAAAAAAU